UUUGAAUUAAACUGCAAAGGGAAGACCGCCCGGAAACAUUUAUAUCUGCCGCCAGCACCAGCACCAGCACCAACAAUAUCAACACCCUCUGACCAAGAAGGAAGCGACAAAACGGAUCGGGGAUUGUAAAUUGCGGUUGUGUGAUUUAUACGUGCGUUAAGAACUCUAAAGAGGGCUAAGAUAAAACAAUUGUUCUUUUUUUUUUGUUUUGUUGUUGAGUUUCGCUGGCAUUUGCAGGGUGGACAAAUACAAAACAAGGAAACAAGACAAUAUGUCAAAAACAAUAAAAUUGUGUGGUCAUGUCCUUGUUGUGUUGGCAUUGUUGUUGCCUAAUUUUGCUGAGGCGGGGUUAAUUCAACAACAGCAGCAACAACAAUAUCAAAAACCAAACAGCCAAAAUAUUUACCAACAAUCCUACUCUCAAAACUCCUUCCGUGAGGAGCAGCGCAAACCUGCCAAACAAACUUCGAAUAUUCCCCACGAUCCCGUUGAGGGUCUGGGCACACAUGUGGUGGAAAAGUUCGACCAUCGCCACCCCGAUGGUAGCUAUGAAUAUCGCUACGAACUUAGCGAUGGCACGGCUCGCUACGAGAGGGGCUACUUUUUGAAAAUCGAUCAGGUCAGGGAACUGGUUGUGGUUGGCUAUUAUUCCUAUCGCAUGCCAACUGGAGAUUACAUCACCGUCUUCUACAACGCCGAUCGCUAUGGUUACAGACAAAAUCAUGCCAUUACAAGAACUGCCUAUCCCGAUUUGCCAAGAACAAUUGAUGUAUCCAAUGAUGGAGAGGAUUCUAUACUGGGUACAACUUCCAAAACUCCAGUGAUUACGUCACAAUCAACAAAACGACCAAGGAAUUAGGAGAAACGUUUAGAUCGCUACUACAUUUGUACAAAAAUUAUGUAAAUAUGUUUUUUUUUUUUAAUUUUCUCUAAGAAAUAAAAAAAGGAGUGAAAGAAGUCAUUUUGUGAAACAGAAUUUAACAUACGUACAUACAUUAUUGAAUUUAGUAAUUUUGUUUUAAAUAAACAUCAUCAAAUAAAAG